AUGCCUAAGAGACCACCACUCUCCUUAAUGGAGCGUAUUACGUUCCCUUUGCGAGUCUUUCAGAUAGCAUAUGUACUACUCUGGGCCAUAUUGAAGGCUCCUUUCCGAGGUCAUGAUGGACCACCGACCUUCCGACGAUAUCUCGCCUAUACGUUGAUGAGAACAAACGUUGAGAUAUUUUCUCUCAAUCAGUGCCACGCGCUGUUUCCUGAUUUACUAGGCUCAUAUCUGGAAUUUGCAGAAGAACAGGGCUUCGAGCCAGAUGUAGUUGAGGUUGGGCCGGGAACAAUAGGUUGCUGGAUCGGUGACAAAACCGCGAAGACUACCCUCGUCUGGUUCCAUGGAGGCGGCUAUGCUCUCACUGUGAAUAAGGGGCAUAUGGAAUUUCUAUCAAGCUUGGUUUCGAUGGCUGGGUCCGGACUAGCUGCCAUCAUACUUCAACAUGAUGUUCUCCCAGGGGGAACAUAUCCGCGGCAGUUGCAACAAGCUUCAGCUAUUGUGCGACACCUUACUCAGGAUGCCGGCAAAUCAUACUCAGAUUUGUUGAUUGGGGGUGAUUCUGCUGGUGGGCACCUUGCUUUAUCCCUCUUGUCUCAUUUAUCGUUUCCUCAUAAUAAGGUCCCAAGGCUUAAAAACGAUGGUCAGAGCUUCAAAGGGCUCAUUCUGGUCUCUCCUUGGGUGACCUUUGACCAAAGUGCGCAAUCUUUUACGGAUAACGCACGAAAGGACAGUCUAUCCUCUCAAGCGGUGAAAAAAUGGUCCAAAAUGUUCAUGGGAUCCUCACCAGUAGAUCCGUACAACACGCCACUUGAUGCAUUUGAUAUUUGGUGGAAGGAUGCGCCAGUCGAAAGAGUUCUCAUCCUAGCAGGAGGAGAUGAGGUCUUCAGGGACGAUAUCCAGCACUUCGCACGGAAGUUUAAGACGUGGAAUCGCAAUAAAACCGAGUUAUUUGUCUCUCCGGGCGAAUGCCAUAAUUCGCCAAUAGCCGAACGUCAGGUGGGUAUAUACCGGGAAGCUGGCGGGAUGGAAAUCAAGAUUCAACAAUGGAUAUUAGAUCGGGUUUUUUGA